GGUGACAAUGGGAGCGGCGCGGGCGGCGCCGGGAGGCAGCUGACAGGCGUCUGCGGCUUCGCUUCAUGGCCGCUCUCCCGCCCCGCCUGGGCUCUGUGGGAGAGCGGGGCAGCCCGCGGCGGCCGGGAGCCGGAGCUGGCGAGCCGAGCGGGGAGCUGUGCGCGGCGCCGUUGAGGCGCAGCAUGUGAAGACGAGACGGCAUCCAGCGCGAGGCGAGCCUCUCAGCUGGCCGGGAUGGCCACGACGGCCGAGCUCUUCGAGGAGCCUUUUGUGGCAGAUGAGUAUAUUGAACGUCUUGUAUGGAGAACCCCGGGAGGAGGCUCUAGAGGGGGACCUGAAGCUUUUGAUCCUAAAAGAUUAUUAGAAGAAUUUGUAAAUCAUAUUCAAGAACUCCAGAUAAUGGAUGAAAGGAUUCAAAGGAAAGUAGAGAAACUGGAGCAACAGUGUCAGAAAGAAGCUAAGGAGUUUGCCAGGAAGGUACAAGAGCUUCAGAAAAGCAAUCAGGUUGCCUUCCAACAUUUCCAAGAACUGGAUGAGCACAUCAGCUAUGUAGCAACCAAGGUCUGUCACCUUGGAGACCAGUUGGAGGGGGUAAACACACCCAGACAACGGGCAGUAGAGGCUCAGAAACUGAUGAAAUACUUUAAUGAGUUUCUAGAUGGAGAAUUAAAAUCUGAUGUUUUUACAAAUUCUGAAAAGAUAAAGGAGGCAGCAGAUAUCAUUCAGAAGUUGCACCUUAUCGCCCAAGAGUUACCUUUUGAUAGAUUUUCAGAAGUAAAAUCCAAAAUUGCAAGCAAAUACCAUGAUUUAGAAUGCCAACUUAUUCAAGAGUUUACCAGUGCUCAAAGACGAGGUGAAAUCUCCAGAAUGAGAGAAGUAGCAGCAGUUUUACUUCAUUUUAAGGGUUACUCCCAUUGCGUUGAUGUUUAUAUAAAGCAGUGCCAGGAGGGUGCUUACUUAAGAAAUGAUAUAUUUGAAGAUGCAGCAAUACUCUGUCAACGGGUGAACAAACAAGUUGGAGAUAUCUUUAGUAAUCCAGAAACAGUACUGGCUAAACUUAUUCAAAAUAUAUUUGAACUCAAACUACAGAGCUUUGUGAAAGACCAGUUAGAAGAAUGUAGAAAGUCCGAUGCAGAGCAGUAUCUCAAAAAUCUCUAUGAUUUAUAUACAAGAACCACAAAUCUUUCCAGCAAGUUGAUGGAAUUUAACUUAGGUACUGAUAAACAGACUUUCUUGUCUAAGCUUAUCAAGUCCAUUUUCAUUUCCUAUUUGGAGAACUACAUUGAGGUGGAGACUGGAUAUUUGAAAAGCAGAAGUGCUAUGAUCCUACAGCGCUAUUAUGAUUCAAAAAACCAUCAAAAGAGAUCCAUUGGCACAGGAGGUAUUCAAGAUUUAAAAGAGAGAAUUAGACAACGUACCAAUUUACCACUGGGGCCAAGUAUCGAUACUCAUGGGGAGACUUUCCUAUCCCAAGAAGUGGUGGUUAAUCUUUUACAAGAAACCAAACAAGCCUUUGAAAGAUGUCAUAGGCUCUCUGAUCCUUCCGAUUUACCAAGGAAUGCCUUUAGAAUUUUUACCAUUCUUGUGGAAUUUUUAUGUAUUGAGCAUAUUGAUUAUGCCUUGGAAACAGGACUUGCUGGAAUUCCUUCUUCGGAUUCUAGGAAUGCAAAUCUCUAUUUUUUGGAUGUUGUGCACCAGGCCAAUACUAUUUUUCAUCUUUUUGACAAGCAGUUUAAUGAUCACCUUAUGCCGCUAAUAAGCUCUUCUCCUAAGUUAUCUGAAUGCCUUCAGAAGAAAAAAGAAAUAAUUGAGCAAAUGGAGAUGAAAUUGGAUACUGGCAUUGAUAGGACAUUAAAUUGCAUGAUUGGACAAAUGAAGCAUAUCUUGGCUGCAGAACAAAAGAAAACAGAUUUUAAGCCAGAAGAUGAAAACAAUGUUUUGAUUCAGUAUACUAAUGCCUGUGUUAAAGUCUGUGCUUAUGUAAGAAAACAAGUGGAGAAGAUUAAAAAUUCCAUGGAUGGGAAGAAUGUGGACACAGUUUUGAUGGAACUUGGAGUACGUUUUCAUCGACUUAUUUAUGAGCAUCUUCAACAAUAUUCCUAUAGUUGUAUGGGUGGCAUGUUAGCAAUUUGUGAUGUAGCUGAAUAUAGGAAGUGUGCCAAAGACUUCAAGAUUCCACUGGUAUUACAGCUUUUUGAUACUCUGCAUGCACUUUGCAAUCUUCUGGUAGUUGCCCCAGAUAAUUUAAAGCAAGUCUGCUCAGGAGAACAACUUGCUAAUCUGGACAAGAACAUUCUUCACUCCUUCGUACAACUUCGUGCUGACUAUAGAUCUGCCCGCCUUGCUCGACAUUUCAGCUGAGGUUGAAUUUAAAGGGAAAUGUGUUGUACUUCAGCAGGCCUUUGUUGAUAGAAAGCACAGGAGGUUUCUUAUGACACAACCAACAUUUUAUGGAAAAAUGACUGUUUGGAAAAACAGCAGCCAUACUUGCCCUUGAGAUUUUAUUUGAAAUAUGGACAAUACUAACCAUAUUUUGCUUUUUUCCCUUAAGUUGAAUUUUAAUUCCCUUUUUGAACUUACAAAUUUCAGAUUCUGUUAAACUACAUGUUAUUGUCUUAAUCCUGGAAAAUGUUGGUGUUAGACGGCAAAUGAGAUCCUUACCAGUGUUCCAGUAUGUCUUUAAUAUAUUCCACUGAAAAAUUUCAGCAUCCUAUUUUGCACUAAUAAUGGGUAAAAUACAGCAAAACUGCAUUUAUUAUUUAUCAUUUUUAAUGACCUUUUCAGCACUGGUAAUUGUUAACCAAGUUAUUUUAGGUUUUCCUGAAGAACUUUUUACCUCUUUCAGAAGGUUAACAAUUGGGCAUAAUUUCUGUAGUUGAUUGAAUUUUUUCUGAGGUACAACAAUACUACUAUUCCAAGAAAAAUGUUAUAAACAAAACUAAAAUGAUGAAAUGUUUUAUGUAGCUAUUAGUGGUGGAUCAGAGUACAUCUGCUUUCUGGGUAAAGAAAACUUAAGAAAGUUUACAAUUUCUUAUUUGGUAAACAGAUUUUAAGCCAAUGCUAACAAGAAAUUAAUAAAACUACCUUAUUUUAUAUAUCACUUAAGAUAAGGUGAAGGGCCUUUAAAGGACCAUAUUUAUUCGUUAUUUUACUGUUAUAAGGGAAGUAAAAAAGUGAAGUAUAGUCUAAAUGGUGCAUAUGAGAAGUAUUGACAAUGUUUAGCAACAACGCAGUGCUUUAAGAUUUCUACCCUUGUGCUAAACUGUAAUAAGAUGGGAUGGCUAAACAUGCAGGAAAUCUAUUUUCAGAGGAAUUGGAAGUUGAUAGCACGAUAUAUUCUAAGUCUUGAGAUGAGUUUUGUAAGUAAUAGUUGCUUUUUAAAUCUAUAGUUUCUGUCAUUGCCUUUUUCAAGGCAUUUCUGAAGCGAUUCCUGCUGAAUAUAGUUAAUUGAAUUGGCUUAAUAUGGUGACAUAAUAAAUCACUUAUAAAAUUUUAAACAUCAGUUGGAAAUUUAGAAAGGCCUAUACUCUAAGAACUGUAAACUUGCUCUGCGAGAAUAUGUUCUUAGCUAUAUGUAGUGUUUCAGCUUCUGUUGUGUUCAUAGUCUUCCAGGAACAGAUAAACUUUAAUGUUCAACUCAUUCUUGGCUUUUUUCCCCUUUAUACAUGUAGACUUUUUGGCCUAAUUUUGGAAAACUACUUUUAAGAAUGUGUUCAUCAACUUUACCAAAACUUCCAGGUCCAGAACUAGCUACUAUUUAAGUUACUAUUGACUGGAUUUUCUUCAUUUUCUGUUUAGCCCAGUGUUAUCAAGGUAAGCAAGAGAAAUGAAGUAUGCCAACUUUUAUCAAAGCAUUUUAGGAAAUUGUGGCAGCUUUAGAAGGCUGUCUAGUUUUCUAUUCCUUAGCCAAAGGAGAGCCAGAACAGGUUUUGGAUGCCAGAGAAAGUCAUAUGCUUGUACUAUUGCCAUUUUAGAAAGCUCUGAUGUGAAUUCAAAUUAUACCUCUGUUACUUAAAGCCAACAAUUUUAAAGCAGUAGUUUUAUUGGCGACUUGAACUCUUUGUACACAGUGUCAAUUUGUAAAAAAAAAAAAAAAAGGGAAAAAAAUCAAAUAAAAUGUGAGAGAACAUUUUAAGACUUCCAAAUCAGAGAAGAGCUUCAAUUAUUUUGUUUGGAUUAAUUUUUAAAAUGUAAAGCAUAUACUUGUUGCUUAGAUAUUUUGUUAAUUAUUAUUUCCAUGUUUGAAUUCUGUGCAAUAUUUUCCAUUAUGUCCAUUGACAGGACAAUAACAAAGAAAACUCCUAAGUGAAUACUUAAUUUAGAAGUGUUAACAUUAAUGCUCAAUAAACAAAUUCCCUGCAAUUGUUUUUUUUUUAUUUCACUCCAUUUUUACAUUUUUAAGGACAUCCAUACUGAAUUUUAUAAAUUAUUUAUAUUUAUAUUUUUAAGAUGAUUUUUAUUUGUCAUAGCAUAGGUCUUCUCACUUACCUUUUUAACAGAAAAAUACUGACUAUAUAACCAAAAUUAGGAACAGAUUGUCUUUCUCUAAGGACAAAAAAAUUGUUGUAUAAAGCAAUAUGCAUUCUUUGUAUUUGAUUUUUUUUAAGUAUUUUUCAUAUUACUGGACACUACACAAUUUUGCCCAAAAUAUAUGGCUCAAAAGAGAUGAUCAGUAAGUAAAAUGUUUUUCAUAUGCACAUGGUAAAAUUUUAGGUAGUGAAAUUGGAACUUUGUAUAUUAAUAACUUUAGUCAACAUUUGAAUAAAGAGAAUCUACAAUUUUCCAUAGUUCCCACAUGAGCUCACAUGCAAUAUUUAGAUAAUGUUUUGAAGUUGAAAAUGUGCUCUGAAACACUGCAUUUUUAGAAAAUGCAGAAACACUCAAAAAACUUGAGUGUAUUGUGUUUUCACAAAAUGGUACAGAAAGUGAAAUACAGAACACAAGUUUAAGAAGGAAGUCUAACUUCUGUAAGUAAUGAUAUUGAAAAUGACAGUUAACCAAAAUAAAUGAAUAGUUCUUAUGAAGAAUUAUUAAAUAAUGACUGGGAUGCAUCUUUAGACAGUUGACUAUCUGACUAUUCCAAGACAGUUAUUAGCCUCACUUUGAGUAUCACCAUGGUUGCAAUCCCUAGCAGCUACUUUCUUGUUUUAAAAAGAGCUUCUAAGUAGGUUGAUUUAUUAUAUAUUUUAGACAUCCACUUUCCCCUUUGACUUUAAAUAUUUCACUCUCUGAAUAUCUGGCUUGCAGUAAAAUAAUUUAAUUAUCAUCCAGUAGAUGGAUUCGAAGUGGAGAACUUACUGCUUUCUUAAAAUGCCUUUUCCUCAUCAGUGAUGGUGAAUGUUUACAUGUAUCUAGAUAAAGAGAUUUUUGUUCCUGAAAUGCCACAAAACCCCUUAAGACAUGUUUGACCACAUGUGAAAGUAAGCAAGGUUCACCUGGUACAUAAUUUGUUAGUGACUUUAAAAACUCACUUAUGGGAGUUUAACUUUUUUUUUUUAAUGCAAAAAUGUUUUAUGUAUUACCCAUAUAUUGCCCCUUGACUCAGAAAUGUGAAAUGUUUUCUAGAAGCAUAGUGAUUUCUCCUGAUUUGUUAUGGAGAAUUUGACAUAUGACGCCUUCUGUGCUUUCAUCCAAUUAGUUUAACUAUAUUCAGUUCCUGUAGUAUUUCUUUCUGCUUGAGAAAGUCUGUCCUGAAAUACAUUGUGUACUUUGGAGGAAAAGAACAGUCCAUAUUGUUACUAUAAAUAAUUCUACAUAAAGUGAAAAAGGUAUUUAAAAUUUUUUGAUGCAUAAUAAAGAUAAUUACAGCUA